GAGCCGCCAGCCAUUCGCGAGCGACGAUGUAAAUCAGCUGACGGUGAAUAACAACAGAGCGUCCUCUCCUGCAGGUGGUGAGCACUUGUACGUAGCGCACAAACUCUGUAGCCACUUCGUGUGUGAGGGCUCGGGGUUUAGCCCUGGAUGCCCUGAGAGUCUAACGCAUUUACACUGCUUUUUUUUUUCUUUUUCAUUUUUUUUCUUCUUUUUUUUUUUAAGAAGACGGUGCGUGAUGCGAGGUUCCCAGUGAGGACGUCCCCCCGGAGCUGCCUAUCCAUCCAAGAGCAGCCGCACUAUGGCCCCGUCCCUCAUCCGAGCUUGCCGCAGUCUGGCUCUAUCGACGUGGCUGCUGUCGUUUUGCUUCGUCCACUUGCUGUGCUUGGACUUCACGGUCGCGGAGAAGGAGGAGUGGUACACAGCCUUUGUCAACAUCACCUAUCUGGACCCCGUCACCUCGGAGGUCAGGACAGAAAAAGCAGAGUGCGGUCGGUACGGCGAGCACUCGCCCAAGAGAGAAGCCAGGGGUCUGGUCCUGGCUCCGGUCCUCCCGCAGGACAGACAGGCGUGCGACCCCGGCGUCAGGUUCCCUCCUGUCCACAAAGACACCGCCUGGGUGGCGCUGGUGGCUGCGGGGAAUUGCACGUUCCGAGAGAAAAUCCGUAACGCGGCAAACCAAAAUGCUUCUGCGGUGGUCGUGUACAACAUGGGCUCCAGCAGCGCCAACGACACCAUAACAAUGCCCCAUCCAGAUACAGGCGAUGUCGUGGCCGUCAUGAUCCCAGAGCCUAAAGGUCGUGAGAUUGCGGCCUUGCUGGAGCAGAGAAUUCUGGUCACGUUGUACAUCACCAUAGGAACGCGCAACCUGCAGAAGUACGUGAGCAGGACGUCCGUAGUGUUUGUCUCCAUCUCCUUCAUCGUCCUCAUGAUCAUCUCGCUCGCUUGGCUCGUCUUCUACUACAUCCAGAGGUUCCGCUACGCUAACGCAAGAGAUCGCAACCAGAGGCGUUUGGGAGAUGCUGCCAAAAAGGCCAUCAGUAAGCUUCAAGUACGCACCAUUAAGAAGGGAGACAAGGAAACUGAGUCAGAGUUUGACAACUGUGCCGUUUGCAUUGAAGGAUAUAAGCCUAACGAUGUUGUGAGGAUACUACCGUGCAAACAUCUCUUCCAUAAGCACUGUGUGGACCCGUGGCUGCUGGACCACCGAACGUGUCCCAUGUGCAAAAUGAACAUCCUCAAAGCUCUAGGAAUCCCACUCAGUGCAGACUGCUCGGAUGAGGCUCCUCCGGACUACGAGACGACUGUCGGGGGUCCACCCACCAACCCCAUCAGUGGCGCGAGUGACAUCACAGUCAACGAGAGCACGGUGGUGCUGGAUCCAGCAGGAAGAGCGAUAGACCUGCAGCUCCAUCCGGAUGCAGAGACAGCGCCUCAUCAAGGGGAGAGCCGCAUCAUUGCCAGCAGUGAGCACCAGCCUCCUCUCACCAGCGAUUCAGACACAUCCAUCAUCCUGGGCAUGGAGGACGGUAUGUCCGAAGUACAGCUGUCCGAUGAGCAAGAAUGUGACGAGGCCAAAUCCAGAGAAAAUUAGAGCAUACGGGGGUAAAAAAAAAAAAAAGCCUGGAUGUCCAGGCAGGAAAUGAAGAACCAGAACGUGACUGGGCAAUCAGACCGCCGCCAGAGUCCACAUCUUUGGCUAAUUUACAGGAUGUAAAUCCAAUAAAUGCACAAAACACCCACUUAUGUCUUCACUGAGCGAAAAACUGGUACGCCCUACAUUUGUGGACAUGUUCCUCAUAUCUUAGCCGUCAUGGCAACCAGACCAGCCAGUCACAGGUCACACUUCGCGGUGGCCCAGUUUUCGUCCACGUAAUCUUUUCACAUCUUUAAACCGGUCGUCCGGAACACACACACACACACACAUUGGCUGUGGAGACGUCGGAGCCCUUAACCGUAACACAAACCUGCUGCGGGGACACGAUAUGGACACAGGAUGAGCUGGACCUCUUUUACACCAGAUUGCAGCUUUAAUUACAGUAAAAAAACGUCUUGUUUGGUACGAGAUCACUGCCAACGAUUCUUGAAGUUUUCCAGAUGUGAGGGAUGUGUACGGUACAUAGCACACGUAAGGAGUUGGUGUGAUUUCAAACCAGCAACUUUUAAUUUAAGACUUGGGUCCUUUAAAAACUUGAGAUUCAGGUCGUGCGUGGCCACAAAGAGCUGGAUUAUGUAAGCACACGUCAUGCUGUAAUUUCUAAAUGGACCUGUUUCCGUUUCUAUUUUGUGAACCUUAAUUUCUAACCAACUGAAUAUUCUUGUUGUGGAGAGGAAAUAACACAAUGAGACAAGGUCAAUAUUUCUGUCCUCACAUUUGACAAUCAUAGCAUGUCAGUUUGAAGUGAUGUCACCCACUGCCCUACUGAAACUGCUGCUAAUUAUUAGAACUCAUGUCAUCAUGGCACAUGAAUAAUUGAUCGCUCCCUGCUGUCUGUCAGGAGGGAAUCGUUCCCGCUCACAAUGCUGCUAAAUCCAGCCGGCCGUAGCAGUUAUCACUACCAAAUCUGGCAGUGUGUGCACAUCUGUAUACAAACACUUGGCGCGGCAGCCGGUAUAAAUGUGUGGAGUCUUUUGUGCCAAGCUUAUCUGUUGUGUUUUGUUUUAUUUUAUUUUUUUUUUAUGCACACUGCUUUCCUUGCCUGGCUAGCUGGAAGGAAUGUCUCUAAACCGAAGCUAAGAGAUAACCAGGAGACACAGCAUUAAGUAGUUCUGUGUUCGAGGAAAACCGGGGGGAACUAUGCAUUGCUAGGAUUUAUUUUGAGGAGCUCGAUGCUUGAAGCAUGAUUUAUACGGCAGUGAAAUAGUACAGAUUGUUAAUGCAUAUAUUCAUAAGCUGGCUAAAGGCACUGUUUGUGCCAUCAGAGGGGUCUGCUAUAUGCUAUUUGAUACCGCUAAACAUUAUCAUCUGUUUUUCGUCUGUGUCUGUCUGUUUGUACCCUCUAAGCACUGAGAAACCACUCAAGUAAGUGCUUUAUGGUUGCAAAUUCACUGAAUAACUAAAACAUAAAAACAGGUAAAUUACAUUACAAACCUUUUCAGUUUCAGUUCAUUCAGCUGUCAGCCCUUCAUCUUUGCAGUUCUUGUUUUAUUUUCUCUCUCUACUUUUUCUCACAGCAUCGUUUGCUGUCAGUUUCUUCUACUCAUUCCAGAGGAGAGAUGUUCAUUCACUAGACAUGAGGGGAGAAAGAAAGCACUGGUGUGUUAAUGACAGCUCCUACCAGCAGAUGUAAUGUUGCGUAUAGUGGUUGAGUCUCUGAGAUACUGUGGUAAAGGUCGGUUAUUACAGCUUGAACGAUGCCAGAAAGCUUACGUCCCAGUUUUCUGGUCACACUACACAUCCCCUUACAACACUAUUGUCAUCAUCCACAUCUAACAGAAAGCUAAGCCAGCUUAGCUUGCACAUACGUAGACUGACAUUGAUGAUUGUUAAUGCACACUUCAGUGUGUGGUAGAAUUCUUUGUUCUGCUUUUUUUUUUUACUGCUUUGUCUUUUGUUUACGGAUUUGUCAGUUAGUCUCUAACCGCUUGAGUAAUGUCUUGUGAAUAACAGCAGAAUCCAGCGCUUUAUUGGGUCUUUUUCCUCUCACAUUCCAGCAGACUUGCACACUGAAGAAGCACAGACACACUGACUCAGCCCAUGGAGCCAGUGGAAUUUAACUGGUGGUUUUCUCCUCCAGUCAUUGUUUCCACUAAGUCCUGCACCCACCUGGGACUCUAUUAUAUAACACAGACUUCCCAGCUCCUAACAUUAGUACCACAUGAAGUAGAAAGGGCAGUUAUUCACCCUGUUGUACUUCCUGUUGGUGGGGAAAAGUUUUUACGUUACCUCACUUUAUUUCUACAUAUUCUCCUACAUGUAGCAUAUAAUUUCAGCCUAACUGACAUGUGUGAUAGCAUAAUGGGAGAAAACGCUUCUCAUAGACCUUUUGACAGAUUAAAAAAAACUUAUCUCUAGUUGUACAUCUUUGUGUUGUGGACGUGAAGGCAGAGGAACAACAUGAUUCUUUCCAGCUCAGUAUGGAUACAGAUGUGUAAUACUCGGCUUAAUCUGGACCUUUGAGCGUCUGUAUGUUGCAUCAGGUCACAUGGACGUUAAGACUGCCCCAUACGGAGGAUUAUAUAUCAGUAUCUGUGGUUCUCCUCAUCUGUCUUCUCACACAGUUUGUCAUCAUGCCUCCGUCUCACAUUCACACACAAAUAUUUGUUUAUUCUGACCAUUUGGUUUGGUCGGCAUCAAUGCAUUGCUGGAUUAUCUUUGUGCAACAGAAUGAAACAAGGUGGAUUAUUUUUUUUUCGGGGCAGUUCACAUUGUAUGAUUAAGGUGUACGUGUAAUCUCUCAGUUUUGUCCGUUUACAAUGUUACAAUAACAGCUCUCUCUUAGGACUCAAUAGGAUUUGAACACUUAGAAUUAAAAAAAAAAUCCUUCAUGUAAGAACAUUCAACAAAUUCAUGGAGAAAACAUUUCACCGCGACGCUAUUUAAUGUCUUCAUUUCCUUCAGGGUUUCUGCUAAUUUAUGGGAACAUGUAAAUUCUGUUGAAGGAAGUUGUUUGUUAAUCUAGUUUGUAUUCAUUUAUGUUAUUAGUCAUGGGGUUGCACGGUGCUUACGGACUGACAAAAAUGAAUCAGUUCAGAAUAGCACCUAAGUAGAAUAAAAUUUAAAUAGUAAAACUGAAAUAAGAGUACUUGCAUACGUUGCAGAACUUGUACAGAUAAAGGCGUAGUAAUUUGUGACAAUCCAUCCUAAUGAGGAAAACCUACAAUGAGUACUUUUUUUUUACAUUUCUCUGCAGGUUAAACAAAGUGAAAGUACGCAAACUGCAGUUAUUUACAUUGAUUAAACAGACAAGUGGAGCAUUGUGUCUAUUUUCCCAUGAAUUAGUUCCGACUAUGUUCUUCCUUCGAGGGAAUUGUAGAAACUGUAGAUUUCUUUUCUGAAAUCAUGGACCUGUGAAACAAAGCCUUAUCAUCCAACCUUGUUAUAGUUAAUGAAGGUAUUCUCUGUUUCCUUUACUUAUAUCUCCAUGUGUGUUUUCUGCUUGUCUGUAUUGCACUUUAACCCUCCAGUGACUGGGAAAGCCUGACCCGAAGGAGUCCCUUCUUGUAUUUAAAGAAAGGGAGCUACGGUGUUGAACGCGGCGCAUGAGUCAGCUGUUGCUUACUGCAUUAUGUUGUGAUCUUGUAUCUGUACUAUGUGUAUGUGGGGGUGGAGGGUAUCGAUAUAUUGUAAAACAUAUAUACACAACAGAAAUAACAGCAGUGCUAUUUUGGGAUAUAAAAGUCAAUAUGAAUAGCAGCGUCUCUGUCCUUUUUUUUGUACUUCACACGAUGCAUGUGUAGGAACGUCUAUGGUUGUGUGGUACAAUAAAUUUGAAUCAGGCGUUUUGAACUUUUACGAA